GUAUUAUAGCAACAGAGAGAAUUAGUGAUUUGGUUCGGUCAGCUGCCGAACGCGGUUGUCGUGUGUUUGUGUGUGUGUACGUACGUCUGCUUGUGUGUAUGCGUGUAUUACUUCCGAUUCACUUGUUGCCCCGCUGUGCCACACACUUGCCAACAGCCGCUCUGUCUGAUACGCUGCGUGAAAACAAAAGCAAAACACACAACAACAAAAAGAAAAAAUGCGUGGCGGGAAAUUAUUCGUUUGAAAACAAUUUCCCUGUUUCGUCUGUCUGUCUGUCUGGUGUGUGUGUGUGUGUUUUGUAUUAAAAAAGAAAAAAAAGGGGGAGGGGAAUUCAAAUAAAAGUCAGUUGACUUGACCCUUUGGUCGCAGCGUGUCGUCUACGUUGAAACGUUUGGAGAGAGAAAAGAGAAACAAAUGCAUUUAUCUUUUUGAGCAACAUUUGAGAGCCAGUUAAAAGCAGACGAACUUGUCAAAGUGUUUCGUCUUUUUUUUAAAUUUUUUUGAUGAGUUGAUUAAAAAAAAAAAAAACGAGAAACUCUGAAGAAAAGGGGGGGGGGGAGAAAUUUGCCGAUUGGGUUGUCUUGUUCAUCUGGAAAACAUUUGCUGCAUCUCGAUCUCGUCUGACAACGCCGCUGAAAAGUGUUGUGUCUGCGAAUUCUCUACGAAAUCGGAAGUGAAACCCUUUUUUUUUUUCAAUUUAAAAAAAAAAGAAAAAUUCGGAUGUCAAGGGAAAAUAGACGACGAAAUCUAAACCGGAUUUAAAAAAAACAAAAACAAAAAGUGCGGACAAACGUCAAAGAGAAUAACUUCCGAUAAGCAAGGGCGUUGUCGACGUCAUGGCGUUGACAAGUUUGACGUGCCCGGUGGAUCGGCCCCAACGACGUUGCGUCUCUACCGGCCACCAAAAUGCCUUCCGCCAGUCCAUUUGAGGGGGGACUGAUUUGCGGCAUUAACAAAUCAACGGAAUCUUCGUCUUCGGUCGUCAUUGGCGGAGGCGCCGGAGCAGGUUGGGAUUGCGACGAAUAUUUCCCCAUGUGCGAUGACCUGUUCACGUACACGGUGAGCGUCGUGCACAACAACAACAGUAGUAGCAACAACAGUAACAACAACAACAAUUCGAUGGCACCACAUCUCGGCCAUCAGCUCGCCAAUAGCGCCAGCAAUCAUCACGAAGGUCAGCCGCAACAACAACAACAACAUCAUUUGGCGGUGGAUGUCUCGCCGGAUGCAUCCGUCGUCGGUCAGCAGCAGCACCACCACCACCUGCACACCCACCACGUCCAACAGCAGCAGCAGCAGCAAGCCAACGACUUUAUGGUUCACUUGUUGCCGCUAGGUGGCGCUGGCGACCAGACUAACCCGACCAGCAACAAUAACAACAACAACAAUACCAACAGCAUGAAUAAUAAUUCGACCACCUCCCACAAGACGAUUCCAGUCUUUUCCAGUAGUUUUUCAAAUGGAGCCUGGGAGAAGAAAUUGCCAGCCGAUUGGGACGAGAGCGACACGAUCGAUUGGCUCUUUACGGUCGCCAAUAAGCUGGGCAUCCCGUGCGAGUAUUUCGCCAGUUUCGGUCACCUUACAGGGAGCAAUCUACUGGAAAUGAACAAAGACGAUUUCCAAUCGAAAUAUCCGAAUCACGGGCAUAAAUUUUACGAGGCCUUUAGGCAGCUCGUCCAUCAAAUUCAACUGCAGCAGCACAGCCCGGCCAUCAUUGAUACGAGUACUGAUCUCUUGGGCCUACAGAAUACGCCGGCGGUGCAUCACCACCAUCAGGUGCAUCAAACCAACAAUGUCGAUUGCUGGUCGAUGUUGCCUCCUCCGCCGUCGAUGGAGCAGAAUAACUACACGUCUGCCGCCAACGGCCAGCCACCGGAAAAUAGAAUGAUGGUGGCUAAUGGCGGUUAUUGCGGGCCGGCGCACGAGCGCGGCCAGCACCAGUACAGCAACAACAACAGCGCCAUGGAUUCAUCGUCGUCUUAUAUUUACCUGAACGCUUCGGCCAAUCUGCACCAUCACAGCCAUCAUCAGCAACAACAACAACAACAUCAACAUCAUUCUGCCAACAGUAAAAGUCUUGGCGGUUACGGCAGCGAUCCGAUCCAGCUGACGAAUUUCCAGCAACAUCAUCACCAUCACCACCAGCAGCAGCACCAGCAGCAGCACGAGAGUUACGAUUCUUACUCGCUGGACAUGAUGGGGCCCGAUCAUUACUCGGAGAAUUAUUCAAACAGUACGCCGUCCUCGGAUCCGGAGGAGAUGAUGGCCGCCGGCGACGGCAUUUCACCUCAAAUGAUGGCCAACAGUUCGCUCAACACGACCGGCUUGUUGAAGCGAGUGGGCAGGCCGAGCACGUCGGCCAACAAGGCCGGCAGCGGCUCGAGUUCGAGCAGCAGCAGCAGCAGCAGCCGGCGCAGGAAACAGGACAGGGGCUACGGCAAGUUGUGGGAAUUCAUCCGCGAUUUGCUGCACGAUCCGAAAUACUGUCCCAGCAUGGUCAGGUGGGAGGACGUCAACGACGGAGUCUUCCGCAUCGUCCAGAGCGAGAAGCUGGCCAAUUUGUGGGGCACCAUCAAAAACAACCCGCGAAUGACGUACGAAAAGCUCAGCAGGGCCAUGAGGUACUAUUACAAGAGUAAAGUGUUUCUGCCUGUGCUGGGCCGUCGCCUGGUGUACAAAUUCGGGCCGCACGCUGUCCUAUGGAAGCCGGACAAUCCGAAUUUCGAACAUCCAACGAUGGAGGGCGACGAUGUGAGGCACAGCGUGAGGACGUGAUCGUGAACGGCUGUCGACUCUCUGCUAGCACGCAAUUUGUAAUUAUUACCUCAGCAAAUGGUUGUUUUAUUAGAUACAUAACAAGGGACCCUCUGUGUGUAAACAUUGCCAAAACAAAAGAACGUUUUAUUCCUCGUGUUUUUUGUUUGUUUUUUUGCAGCAUCGGGGGUGAAACGAGACAAUGCAAAUGGGCACAAAUUUCGAACUGAUUCAUAUUUAAAAACAAAUGAAACAUUUUGAUAAGACAUUUUUGAAUGUUGGAUGGAACUAUUCCAUGGCAAUUGUACGUAUCUUAAUGUAAACUAUAUAUAUAUAUAUAUAUAUAUAUAUUUUAAUUGUGAAUCACGUUUGCCUCUUUUAAUCACGAUUCAUGUAUAGCUACAACAACAAAAUCAAUCGACGUGUUGUGACGAUGAUGUUGUCGCCCUGAAAUUUGCAUACCGUGGUCCAAAAUUCAGGGCUCAUAAUUUUUUAAAUUUCUGCACCGUUUGUUAUUCAUUUGAAGUCGUUUUUUUUUUGGGGGGGGGGUCAAAACAAAGAACUAAAUCAUUUGAAUAUGAAGAAUCUCCAAAAUGUUUGACCUUUUUUUAUUAUAUUCGUGUUGUUUUUGUUGUCUGUUUUUUAAAAAUGGGAAUUCCCUAUUCAUGACGUUGUUUUUGUUACUGUUGUCUCUUUUUGGUUGAUUUUUCACACGCUCUUUGUGCCAUUCCCGUCACACCAAAAUUCUUCGUCCUCGUAAACGAAUUUUUCGUUUAUUUUAAAACAAAAAACCCAAAAAAGUCACAAUCCAUUUCAUAAUUCCGUAUUUUUUGUUUAAAACUUGACCAACACGCAAUUUUUUUUCUUUCCGCAGGAUUUGAAGAGUUUUUUCUUUUCAUUUUUCGUUCCCACGCAAACACAAUUUGUGUGUCCUACCGCAAUGCAUAAAAAGUUAUGUGUGUUUUCUUCCUACCGUUUACGUCACUUUCUUUUCCGACAACAAAUAAUGGAUAUCACAUGUUUGAAUCGAAACUUACAUCAGGUCUUUUGUUAAAAAGAAUUUAUAUAUAUAUAUAUAUAUAUAAGAAGGUGUUUAUGUAUGAGAGCUUUUUUGUGUUUUUCUCAGCCGUUUGGUUACGACGAGAAUCGCGUUAUCACCACAAGAGUCUUUGUUACGAAAUCACUUUGAUGUCCUCUUUUUUUUCUUCCAUAAUCAUUUCGAUCAAUUUGAAGUAAAAAAAGAAAAAAGAAAAAUACAAAAAGACACGUCUGAUUUGUUGUUUA